GGGAGGGAGAAAAGAAGGAGGGGAUUGUUGGGGAGUUAGGAAAAAUGUAUAAAAACAGGGAGAGACAGUAAAAGAACAGAAAGUAAGAGAUUUCAAAAGCGAUUAAUGACUCGACUAUCAGAUGCAAUGUCCGCCCACAGGGAUCCUCCACCUCCACUCAUAAUCCUCACACUGGCCCUUCUCAAUGGAUACUCCUCCUUCGCUGCACCCUCUGACGUCUCAGGGACCAACCACACAGCCACCCUUCCUCUAAGGCCACACGGACGCAUGUAUGAAAUGUUGGCGCUCUCCUCAAAUGAUGACUAUGACCUGAAUUGGGACACCACUCCACCCCCGCCUACUCCCUCACGGGGCACCAAUCCUCAGUCCUGUGACUACAACCCCUGCCGGGAGCUACAGACCCCCUGUGCCCAGCUGGCAGCCUCCAGCAGCUGCCUGUGUCCAGGGGUGAGUGGGCCCCACGUGGCCCCAGAGCCUCCAGACCUUAAGAGACUGUCUAUGGAAGGGCCAGGGGUGGUUGUUCAGUGGUGUGCACCAUCGUCUGUUGUGACCCAUUAUGAGGUGGUGGUGGGUACCCUGGAGCCCCUGGUGUUUGGGGAGGACAAGAGGAGUGGUGUUGUGGGAAAGGUGGGGCAGGGGGUGGAGGUGUGUGUGGUGGCGGUGAAUGACGCAGGAGUCAGCGAGCGUCAGAGGCGGUCCUGUACGAUGUACCAGCCCCCUGGAGACAGUAGUCUGGCCCUAAAAGCUGGGCUGAUCGGAGGGGCCCUGGGGCUCCUGCUGCUCCUCUCACUGGCUGUCCUGCUUUGGAGGCACAGGGCUCGGAGAAAAGCAGAUGCCAGGAUCACCCGGGCCACGGAGGAAACACUAUGAAAGAACUGAAGAAAGGCUAUGGAAGAGGCUAACUCAAGAGUAGCUGUCCAGAACUGAGGCAUAUUUUACCAUAAGAGACUGUUGUCUGUCUGUCUGUCUGUCCGUCUGUGCGUGCGUGUGUACACGUACUGAACAGGAUGCUGAAUAGGCCUGUGCUCAUCAAAAGGCAGGAGGCACUCAGUCAGUCAGGUGAUAUGAAACAGCUUCCUGUCUUCUAUACACAUCUCAAUUCAAACAAUGACUCAUCUCCUUUUGCUGACUUCAACUGCAUUCACAGCCCAGAUAAAAUGCUAAAGCAAAUACAUUCAAAAUGAAACAAGAUGCAGGUAACAUAACAUAAUAUAAUUAAAAAAUAUUAAAACAAUGAUUUAUCAUUUGUUAUUCCUUAUAUAAACAAAACAGUUUGUCUUUUCUUGCUCAUCACUGAAAUAAUAUACAUAGUCUAGAGGAGAAACAUUUUAAACGGUUUCAGAAAAGGAAGUGUUAUGUUCUGUUCUGUUAUGUUCUGUUAUGUUCUGUAAAGGCAACCAUACAGCAGUUUUCAGUUACAAACAGCUGUUUAACUAGCGGCCUAUGAAAUCCCUCUUGAAUGGGUUUGUGAGACAAUGUCCUAGAAAAUGUUGGUCGCCCAAUCAUAUAGUAUUGGCAUCAGAACAAAACUAGCACCAGUGUUCUAUUUCCCCACAGAUGAGAUUCAUGUGAAAGCUUGUGCUGGAUGGGAAACGGGGAGGGGUAUGUAACCUCUUCCCCAGGCUAUAAUGAAAUGCAUUUGGCCGGCCGAGUCUAAGGGGGAUGUGCCACAGGAUGUUGUACUCCAUUAGGAAUAGUCUAAGUGGAAAUAUAUAGGAAAAGUCCAAGUGGGAUCCAACUCUGACAUCACUCCAAGGAAGUAGAUAUGUAAAAGUUAGAGUAAUUGUUAUUUACCUUUAUUUAACUAGGCAAGUCAGUUAAGAACAAAUUCUUAUUUUCAAUGGCGGCCUAGGAACAGUGGGUAAACUGCCUGUUCAGGGGCAGAACGACAGAUUUGUACC